AUGAGCAGCCGAACGGAAGCGGACAUCGACAAGGAAUAUCUCUCUUCAUUGGAGCAAAAGCUGAAAAAACUGAGAGACCCGAAAGGCAAGAAGUCAACUUCGAAAGCCCUGAUUAGCGACUUAGCCGCUCAGAAAGAACAUCAGCUCUUUAAAUUAAUCACAACGGACGUUGGCUCGGCGUCUAGUGGAUUCGACGACAAUUUCGUCGAGAUUCAGCCAAAUAUUCUGCAGAGAAAAAUUGCCCCUCACACGUGUGCGAUCAACACGCAAGAAAAGUUGCGGCUGGUAAAGCACGACAUUAUUCAGGCCCUUCACCAAGAGCUUGAAGAGGAGCGGAAACAAGCAGCAGAAGAACAAACCGACGAGCAAGUCACUGAAGCUCAAGCCGCGCUGCAGAUCGUGGCCCUCAAGGAGGACGCUAAAAAA